AUGAGCAACCAGAACCCUUCACGAAAGGCGCCAGCAAACUCCCACGACUCGAACAUGGGGGAAGCUGUGCAUGGCCAUAGCCAUCGCCAUUCGAGGAGAUCGAACGAUUACAGGUCGUUGAAUAAUGACAUUUCCUCGUUGGAACGUCAGGCAAAGCUGGGGAAGAAGGUGAACGCCAACUCACGCAAAAACCAGAUCUCCAUCAACCAUUUGCUUGACUUCCAGCUGUAUAGAGACCUGCCAGAGUACCAGAAGCUGCAGAGACCACGCCAGAGAAGAAGAAGCUCAGGUUACGAUAAUAAGCCUCGGAAACAGAACUUGUUUUUGCAUGGUAUGAGGUUUAUCAACGUGAAUUAUAAGUUUGUGCUAGACUACAGAAAGAACUAUAACGUGCAACAGAUUGAUCCGAAUGUGCCUGUGGAUACAGAUGACAUAUUGAGGAUUAUCGUGCCUAAGGGUAACGCUUGUCCUAUUUGCUUAUCUGAAGAUUUGACUGCUCCUCGUAUGAUUACAUCUUGUGGCCAUAUCUUGUGUCUCACAUGCUUGCUAUCGCUUUUAGAAAGCGAGGUUCCUGCCCUGAUGAAGAAGGAGAGCAAGGUGAUUGUGGAGAAGUAUAGAGAUUGUCCGUUAUGUGGAUCGAUUAUCAGACAGAAGGAUGUCAAACCGGUACAGAUAGAUAACGUGGACGAGCGUUUUGAAGUGCCCAAGAUUAAGGAUGAAGUGGUACUUACUCUAAUGAGUAGGCAACCACAUAGGGUAUUUCCCUUGCCUCGUCAUUUUGAAGAGCUCCAAGAAACUAUCGAUACAUUCCCUUGGGCUGCACAGACAGAUCCUGAUUUGAGCCAGUACCUGAGAUUCUUCAAAGGUGAUCUCUCAUACUUGGUUAGCAUGUACGAGGCAGAGAAAGAGCAAAUCAAACGCGCAUACGAUGAAGAAAAGGAGCUUUAUCACGAUGACGGUAAGUUUACCAGAAUGGCACUUAAGAAUAUCGACGACGACUUGGCUCUUUGGUCUACUAAGUUCGCAUCUGACCUCCCUGAAGUUGCCAAAGCCCAUCAAGCUAACAAACUUCAGGGUGCCGGUGCAACAUUCUUUUAUUACCAAACAGGGUUUAAAUCAUCGACGGUGUACGUACUUUCACCGCUAGAUAUCAAGGUGUUGAAGUCUAGUUACAACAAUGAUUACGCGCUGCUUCCGAGUUCACUCAUUGCACAAGUUGAAAACAUUCGGUACGAGGAACUAAGCGCAGAAACAGCAUUAACAAAGUACAAAUAUUUACUGCAUUUACCACAAGGCACUACGAUUGGGUUCUUAGAGUGCAAAUGGCAGAACAACGAGUACAUCACCAAGGAAACAUGGAACACGUUCAAGGCUGAUCUCACGAAAAGAAGCAAGCAGUCAAGCAAGAAGUUCCAUUCCGAAGAGUCUAAGCGGCGCAGGGCGCUCAAUGACGAAGAGAGACGUACUAGAGAGUUCUUUGAUCGCGAGAAUAAUGGCCACCACGAACAAGAGCACGACUGGAUGCCGCCUGCCAACUUCGGCAGCCUCAGCAUUUCAGAUUACAGAGACCUACCAGCAUUGAGUGCUGAAUCCCACACCGAAGAAGUCGACGCUUCGCUAGACGAGCCUGAGCUGCAAGAGUCCAGAGAAGCACAGAUGCAAAGGACCGUCUGGGGAACCAGUAUACCCAAAUCAGAGCUCCAAAGCAUCGAAGGCGAAGAUGACGGGUGGGAUGCCGAGGAAAUGAUCAGAAAGGCAAGAGAAGAGAUGGAGAAGCACGAAGCCAACGGUACUGCCAACGGCAAAAGAAAAAGAAGAAGAAGAAGCUUAUCUUGCUUUCCUCUUCCUAGGCAAUAG